AACACCAAACUCAAACCCUCUCAUUGUUCACUUGCAUGCUCCUCUUCUCUUCUUGAAGUCAAGACUAACUAUAAUCAUGGCUUCAAAGUGUCUGUUUCUGAUGGUGUUAGGUUUAGUGGGCCUUGUGGGCUCUGCGGCGGAGUUUUCCGGAGGCGGACUAGCAGGGCUGGUCGAUGGUGGCGGUGAUGGUGAUCCAAGUGAUUCAAUGCCAUGCGUGAAGAAACUGAUUCCGUGCCAACCUUAUUUGCAUGCACCGGAGAAGGUGCCGGUAUCGUGCUGUUUGCCGUUGAAGCAGAUGGUUUCCGACGACACGAAAUGCCUGUGUGGACUGUUUAACAAUGUUGAUAUGUUGAAGAAGCUUAACGUUACUCAGGAUGAGGCCUUGAAGCUUCCCAAGGCUUGUGGUGCCAAUGCUGACAUUUCUAUCUGCAAAAAAGAUUCAACAUCACCACCCAAAUCACCAGAAACUCCAUCAGCUUCGAACUCUAGUUCUCCUACGAAAAAUGCAGCUCAUUCACCUUCUCAUUUCAGUGGUUCUGGAUUUGCUGCCUUCUUCAUGGCCCUAAUCAUUUCAGCAGCAGCAGCAUUUUAGAUAGGUUACCAAGUCUGUAGCUAGUUAACUAUUUUAAUCAGCCCUCUGUGUAGUAUGCUCAAUUUCAGAGUCGAUUUGAAUCAAUUCCAAAACCUUUUGUAUUACCUUUAUGUAUUAUGUUCUUUCCAUUACGGAUUAUGUACUAUCUUAAUGCCGCUCUAUUAGCGACCAAAUCUAUUAUAGUUCUUAGUUCUUCA